CAUGCGUUAACUGUCAACGCGUAGCGAUUUUCUUUUUGUCAACUUAAGUAUAAUGCUCCUCGUAUAUACUCUGGUCUGCUUUGAUAAUUGAAAAAUUUAUAGUGGCCACACCAUAUGACCAAGCAAUAAUAUCUUUUUUUUUAUUGAAACAUUAAUAUAUUAAAUUUAUCUGACAAAUACAUCAAGUUUAGAGAUGCAUGGUAGUUUUCAUUUUCGAGGUAAGCGAUAACGUGUAAAAUCUUUUAAUGAUUGAAAUAGAAAUAAGAGGAAAAAGACAGUAUAUGAGAGAAGAGGAAGGAGAGAAAAAACUAGGAAAGUGAACGAGCGAGCAAGCGAAUUGAUAGUGAAUGAGAAUUUGGUAUAAUAAUGAUAGCAAGAUUUAAGGAUGCUACUUCCACAUAUAUGAUAACAAGGCGUGUAUAAAACAUCUUUCUGUAACAGUUUCUUAAACAACAAGAUGGAAACUUCAAUACGAGAAAAAAUUCUCAGCUUUGUUGAUGUUGUAAUGAGAGUGCCACCUUUAUUUAUCAUUGACGAGUUACUUAGAAUCAGCCUUGGCUUACCUAAUGACAACGUUGUACUGGAUGAAUCAGUCUUUGAAACCAACAAUUUGUCAAGCAUUGCUAGUUCAAUCUCAGCAGUUACAACAAACUCAUUUCUAAUGGAUCAGUUUGAUUUGACUCAGUUUGCUUAUAAGACUUAUCUUAUAAUUCUGUUUAAAUUUUUCUGCUGUUGUAUAGGUUUUCUCGCAGCCUUAUACACGUUUAUGUUAUGUACUAGACAUUUGAUAAUUGUAUAUCUGUAUCUAAUAUCAAUAGGAAUAAUAUUUGUAUCAUACUGGUCAAAUGUCAGUGCAAUGAAAGCGAUCAUAGUUUACAUGAACGCCCACGAAUCAACAAGCAGCAUACUUGACAAUAUAUUAUGUUUGAAGCUGUCGGACAUUCUGUAUAAUGGUCCAGGUUUUCUGAUUAUCCAGAAUUAUAUACUGCAAUGCGUGCUAGCCAGUGUUUUUUGUUACAUACAUCUUGCUCCAAGGCAUCCCAUAAUUCAAAAGCUUCUUAUGCUAAGCUUUAUGUCAUCAUCUAUCUUGGGUCUCCAUCCUUUACCAGUGCAAUAUCUGUAUCAUGCACCAGUGUGUGCAACAUUAAUUCCACUGGCUGUGUGUAAAUUUGUCAUCUGGUAUAACAGUGUCUCUAUAUUAAGAACAAUCUAUGUGGGCUAUAGACACACACGCAACUUUAUAAUCAAUUAUGGUUUAUCCGCUCUCGCAGAAACAGAAUGGAUGCGUCUGAACGUGCCAUGCGUACUUCGAACAUUUUGGAUGCUGCGAGUGGCAGAACAAGUGGUUGAAAUUCUUGGAAAUCAUUACAGCGAGGAAACAUUUAAUUAUUACGUCAUGAUCAGAACCCUGUUGAUAAAUGGAUGCGAGACACUGACAGCUGUUCUUGGUAUGACCAGCAUAAUCUCGUUUGUCUGUCACUACAUCGGCUGUUUCUUCCAAUGGAUACUAUUGACGGAAGAUGAAGAUGAGAAGAGUAUUGGUACAGUCUCUGCUAUCUUAUUCUACAUUCUUGCCCUACAGACUGGAUUGACGAGUCUUGAUAGAGAGAAGCGUCUAGUACGAUUGUAUCGUAAUUUUUGCCUUUUGUUUACGGCGAUUCUACAUUUUGUGCACAAUAUAGUGAAUCCACUCUUGAUGUCACUUAGCGCUUCUCAUAACCCAGCACUACAUAGACAUUUACGGGCUUUAGCGGUCUGUGCUUUUCUAAUUUUCUUUCCGGUAUCGUUACUCAUAUUCCUCUGGUCUCACUUUACAGUGAGCACAUGGUUAUUGGCUGUAUCAGUCUUUAGCAUUGAAGUAAUAGUCAAAGUAUUGGUUUCGCUAGCGAUUUAUUCGUUGUUUCUGAUCGACGCAUAUAGAAGCGCGUUCUGGGAACAAUUUGAUGAUUGCGUCUACAUAAUAAGAUCAUUUGGUAACACUGUGGAAUUUGCUUUUGGUAUUAUAUUAUUCUUCAAUGGAUUCUGGAUAUUGAUUUUUGAGUCGGGUGGUGCUAUUCGCGCCAUCAUGAUGUGCAUACACGCCUAUUUUAAUAUCUGGUGUGAAGCAAAGGCUGGAUGGAGCGUGUUUAUGAAGCGACGGACGGCUGUGAACAAGAUCAAUUCUUUACCAGAAGCGAAAGUCGAACAACUUGAACGAUUAAACGAUGUUUGCGCUAUUUGCUAUCAAGAAAUGCAAAAUGCUAAGAUUACCCAAUGCAAUCAUUAUUUCCAUGGUGUAUGCUUACGAAAAUGGUUAUAUGUUCAAGAUCGAUGUCCUCUUUGCCACGAUAUACUGUACAAAGUUGAAAACAUACGAAAUAAAGAUGAUAGCACGGGUCUCGCCACAGCUUUUGCUGAAGGAAGGAGUCAAAAUAACGGAAAUGACACUCACGAUGAUACAAUUAUGCAAACUAGACAGAAUUCCAAUGUGCAAUCUCAGAAUAGUCGAAGACAAUUGGCCGAGAAUUUGAACGAAGGCAGGUGAAAUAAUGUGACUUUACGCGUAUUUUGUGAUACAUAGACACUAAUUUUUUUAACUUUAUGCGUGCAAAGCAACAUCUUUGGAAACAUUCAAAAAUUUUGCAAAACUAAAUUAUAUCUAAGUAUUGUAUAACAACUUCAGUCUUUCUUCCAAUUUUUUGUAAAUAAGUUGCAACAAUUAUUCUUAGAAGAGAAAACAAUCACAUGCGAUUAUUUUGUAAUAAAAAAUAUUUGGCAUAUAAUUUAAAAACUAGCUUUUUGUCGAUUGAUGUCCAUUACUAAAUGUAUUUUUGGAUCAUUAUUAUGCUACAGCUAUCGUAUAGUGUGACAAUGAUUUUAUGAACUUCCAUGUAUAUGCUUCUUAAUCAUAAUGUAUAACAUACGUAUUUUCGAUUAAGUUCAAUGAGAGGAAAAAAGACAGAGAAGAAAGGAAGAGAAAUUUAUGUAUUUUAAUAUUUUAUAAAAAAUUUAAUUGUGUGACUACAACUUUAUUGUAACACAUUUUGUUUUUUAUUAUAAUUAAACCGAAAUAAUGGUUUUAUAUGUGCUGAUAUGCUGGAAUAUAUGCAACCAUAAAAAAGACUGAAAUAAAUUAUUUUUCUUUAAA